AUGACUGAAUACUCUACCGAAUCUUUUUCUACUAAUCAAUACGACCUUGCUAGACCCACAUACCCAUUGUCAUUCAUUCAAUACGUGGUUGAUUGGCAUAAGAAGAGUUCCCCAGAAACUUCCUUGGGAGUUACUGUGUCUGUUGAUAUUGGCUGUGGUACAGGACAAGUGACUUUCCCAUUAUAUGAAGAAAUUCAGUACGCAGACAAUGUGUAUGGGGUUGAUCCAUCUGCAGUGAUGAUCCAAAAGUGUCAGGACACCCAGAAUUCCAAAGACCAUUCUACGAUCACCAAGGGAGAAUUGUGUUUCAAGCAAGCGGCCGCGGAGAAGCUUGAUGAUGUAUUCCCUUUAGAAUCUGUUGAUUUGUUAACGGGAGCCGAAUGUUUCCAUUGGUUCAAGCAUCAAGAGUUUUUCGAGGUUGCUCAUAAGAUAUUAAAGCCUCAUGGGACAUUGGCAUACUGGUUCUACGUUGAUCCUGUGGUGAUCUCAGUGACAAAACCGGAUGGGACCGUGGUGGAUGUGGAUAAGAAGGUGUACAUGGAGAUCUAUGACAAGUACACUUAUGGGGAGGAAUAUUUUGGCCCGUACUGGGAACAGCCGGGAAGAAACCAUUUGAGGACAUUUUGUAAAGACGUGAAAAUCCCAACGGACUUAUUCAAAGAUAUUGAGACUCAUAAAUAUCGUCCGGUGGUGCAAGGAGAUGUUCCGGAUGAGAAAUUAAAGAUCGAAAGAAGUUGGACUCUCCAAGAUUAUAAGAAUUAUCAAGAAAGUUGGAGUGCGUACCAUAAGUACGUCGAGGAGACCAAGAAGGCCUCACCAGGGAUAAAUAGUGCUAAAGAUAUCAAGAAUUAUAUUCCUAAUGAAUUUUCUGCGGAAAUGACCCAAAGACUAGGGAUUAACCCAGUGGACAAAAUGAAGGUGAUUUGGUCGACCAUUUAUUUUCUUGCAAAAAAGCGUUGA